CUGCAUUCUUUAAUAUAACCUCAUUGUGCAAACAUAAGAAAAAAACGUCAGACAACAAAAAUGUAAAAAAUGGAUGAGUUACAUCUGUCAGACACUUUCCAGCGAUAUUUUUCCGAUAUAUUCCUUUGCUGCGACGAGGAAAAAUCGGGAAAAGCGUCCCUCACAAGAACCAUCGAACUGGUAAAGUCAGGAAAUAUCCCGGAUGAUGUGAUUGCACAGAUAGCUGAGAUAUGCUGGACUCCUGGAACAAACUACUUAAACAAGAAACAGUUUUUUUCUGCCUUGAAACUUGUAGCCGCUUACCAGUCGAAUCUUCCCAUUCGCAAUAACUUGAUCAAUAGCAAACUAGAUCUGCCACUACCGCGAUUUACUUGGGGCUCUUUCGAUGCAGAAACUCCCAUUCCAGAUCUUAUCGAAUUGAGAAACGAACCAGAGUAUAAUACUGAUUCAAUUAGUACAGAUUCCGAGGCAGAUAGUGAGACUGUGAGAUGUUCUCCAAACACUUCCAGUCCUGCAUCUGACAGUCCAACACCGACAAAUAGUGUGCAGGAUCGAAAUUGGGCUUGGCAAGGGCUGGUUUCAGAAGAACAACGACAGUUGUUAGAAGAAGAAUCUUCGGAUAGGCAUAGCAGUGACGAGGAUACAGAUAUUGCUAAUGAAGUAUGGGUAAUAACUCCUGAACAAAAGGAAUAUUAUACAAAACAGUUCAAACAACUACAAGAGAACACAAAUGCUCUACUUGCUGGUCCAAUUGCAAGAACGUUUUUUGAAAGAUCUCAAUUACCGGUCCAUGAGCUGAGAAAAAUUUGGCAGCUAGCUGAUGUGACCAAAGAUGGAGCUCUGUCUUUGCAAGAAUUCUGUACAGCUAUGCAUUUGGUUGUUCUUAGGAAACACAAAAUCUCCAUCCCCGACACGCUUCCAUCCAGCCUCGUUCCCCAAAACGACCCUCUGCCCGUCAUAAAAGCACCCCCCACUCCUCCCGAGCCAGAACCAAUCCCCUCCCCCACCGCCAAGCCAACGAAAGAGACUGCCAAGGAAUGGACGAAAUUCGUGGACAGCCCCACCAGACCCGUAUCUCCCGUCAAUUUCGACUUUCAGAUCGAUCAGAACGAUCCGGACCUGAGACACCCUGUGCCGAGAAGACUGACGCCCGAAAUGGUGGCCGCAGCCAAUGCGGCGCAUGGUUGUCCGAAUAGCGACGAUGUACCCGAUGCCAUAGAUCUACAUAGUCCUAGAAAAUCGGAAGGGAUUCCCGGUUUCCAGUCGUUGUCUUCGAAUAAUCAACAACAUAGUGCAAUCCAGAGGCCCCAGCCUAAGAAGAUUAAUGCCAGGGGGCCGGGGGCUAUACCUCCGCCUCCUGAGGAAGGCGGGCCUGUCAGUUUGCCGGCGUUUCCCCCCGUCAAGAAGGAGAAACCUCCGCCUCCGCCGCCAAGAACCUUUAAAACUCAUGGAAGGAGUUCUUCGUUGGACCUUAAUAGGCUUACCAAACCUUCCGCACCUCCUAUGGUACCCCCCAGGAUAAGCCCAAGCGGUCAGAUUAAGAAACUGCCCAAUCAGAGAUCAGAAGGAGAUGGCGUGCCUUCUUUAGAAGGUACUGACGCAUCUUUUGCUGAUUUUAACAGAUUUGAAAAGUACGAAAAUGUCCAGGAUGAACCAAUAUUUCCUGGCGAUCUGUACGAGGCAGAACGUAAAAAACUGUUUGCACAACUCUUUGCACAAGAACCAAUCGAAGAACCUCCUAGGAAACAUGGCGCUUUUGAAGUUUACAGAAAACCUGGCAAGAGUGUAUCCGGAGAAAAAUCACCUUUGGACGCGCUGGAAGAAGAACAAUGGCAAGAAUUCGAGAGGUUACAAAUCGAAAACACCGCACUCUUGCGGACGUGCCAGGAACUAAGCCAACAGUUGGCAGACCUGAAAGAGGACAAGAUGAAACUGAAGGUUAAGCUGGAACAGUUGGAAGCGCUGCAAAACGGCGGAUAGUUUUGAAUAUCGUGUUAUACAGGAUGUUAUCGUAAACGUAAUCUUGUAAUUUUUCGGAAAAAAAUGGGUUUUUAUUGUCAAUUCAAUAUUUUACCUUUUGUUUUAAAUCAGCAGUAUUUAAAAACCUCCAAACCUCCAAGUUCUUGUUUAAACUCAAAAAAAAAUCUUGCUUAACUAGUCAUAACUAAAAAAAAAUAUAUUAUGAUGUUAUGUAAAUGAAGAAUAUCAACGUAAAUCAAAAUUUUUAUUAUUUUAAAAUUAUUAAAUAUAAAAAAAAUGUGAACGAAUUGAAAAUUUUAACUAAUGUUGAAAGUAACAAAAAUAUUAAAUGUGAUAUAAUAAUUAUUCUAUUUUAGAAAAAGAUGACAUGUUGUAGGUCUGUAUAUUAUUGAUAUCUUUUAAGUUUUUAUUCAUUAACUUUAUACCUAUAGCAAAGCCAAACAAAGUUGAAUUGACGUUAUCAUUGGCAAGGCCAGUGCCACUUUGUUUGGAUUAUACUAUAUAUACGUAUAUUUAGGUUGCCUAACCACACUUGUUAUUAAGUAUUAAAUUUUGUAUGCUUAUUUUUAUAUCUCAGUAUUUUACAAACAUAUACAUUUUUUUUUCACAGAGUUUUACUUGUAUAAUACAGGGUGUUGUGAAUUCGACUCUGAUUUCUCAUUAUUUUGACUUUUUUUAAUACUAUUUCAACUCAAAAAUAGCCCAAACAAAUAAUAUGGGUGUCAAGAAUUUUUAAAAAUUGAAAUUGUACAGUAAUGGACAAAACUAUGUACGUUUUUGAGGCAGGUCAAAAUGGUGGUGCCUUAGUGGGAAGUUUAUAUAAAUUUGCUUUCCGAAAAAGAUUUUGACUGUUCUUGUACAAUAUGGAGGAAUAUUUUAUGACGAUGGUUGUCAUUUUAUAUUGCAAAGCAAAGAAAAUCAUACAGUGGGUCAAUUGAGUAAAAUAAGUAAGUACUAUUAUUUCUUAAAAAUUUAGUGUUUACUGUAUAUUAAAUAAUAACACAGGAAAUUUUACUUUAUUUACAAAAGAAAGCCUCAAAUAUACAGUGUGUUAACCUCAGAAUUUUACUUCAAAAUCAAUCAAAAAUUUUUCAAAUAAUAGUAAUUUUCUUAUUCAAUUUUCCCAAAUGAUUUUAUUAAAAACCUAUUAAAUAAUUGUUAUUAAAUCAUAUAACAAAUAUAUGUAAGAUCUAAAUGUUUCAAUCCUCGAGUAUAUU